AUGGACGAGAGCAGUGACGAAGUCCACCUUUGGAAAUUGGUUUCGGAACGUAAAAAUUUUAUUAAUCUGCCAAUCCGCCGCUCAUUUACAUGGGGCGGCGUUCAUGUAGCCAUGGAAGUCGAUACCGGGUCGCCAGUAUGUGUCAUUUCUUGGGAACUGUACAUGAAGCAUCGAAACCAUUGGCCUGCCCUGAAGCCGUCACGUGUGAAGUUGUCUUGCUACGCAGGGCGGUUACCGGUGCUGGGCGACCUGACAUUGCGUGUGGGCUUCAAAGAAGUGCUCGUGGACUGUCCCCUCACAGUGCUCGACUGCGAAGGGCCAAUCCUUUGCGGAAGGGACCUGCUGACGCUGCUGGACAACGCUGGUGCACCGGUGCUACAUGUGACACCGGCCUGCGGAGCCACAGAAACGAGCGAAAUGGACACCUGCAAGGUUAAGGCCAUUUUCACAGACUACCAGGACAUUUUUACCACGGAACUCGGUCUAAUGGAGGGUCCUCCAGCAAGCCUGCACCUCAAAGAUGGAGCAAUUCCAAAGUUUUAUCAUCAACCACUCGUCAGCCUGCUGAGACCCGACCGCCAGACACCGACUAUGGCGGCUACGCGAAUUCAACGCUGGGCACUGUACCUCGGAGGCUACAAAUACAAGCUUCAGUAUGUUCCAGGACCAACUGAGGGGAGCCACGACUGGACACUGCCGCCAGACAGCAGCGUGUACGUCCGCAAUUACGGGCAGGGAGAGAAGCGGAUCCCUGGUCAUGCCAUUUCGGCGACCGGAGCACGAAUGGUAACCGUAGAGAUUCCCACUGCCAUUGUCAAGCGCCAUGUCGUUCAGGUGCGCCGCCGCUCGGAUUCAUCACCAAGGUUUCCGGAUACGACUGCUCGCGGUCCAGGGUCCAACCAGACGCCAGGUCCCAGCACGGCCACCAAUGCCAGCACUUCCUUGGAAGAGGCCGCCCCAGUUAAUUCUCCAGAUGCAGACCAAAUUGCGGAUGACAGCAUUCGACCUCGCACCCCUCCUCUCCCAACUACCUUGAGUCCGGCCGAAGCUUCGCAGCAAGUCCUGCGCCGGUCAACGAGGCAGCGCAAGCCAGUGCAACGGUUCCAUUUUUGA